AUGCGACUUAUCGACUGCCAGGAUUUCGCCCUCAUUGAUAGGCAAGAUGACAUGGCGUAUCUUGCCCUCAGCUACGUUUGGGGCCUGGCAAACGAAGAUCUCGUUGCCCUUGUUGCACCGGAAGAUGGCGAGCCUGAUGAUAACCGCCAUUCUCGACGCCUGCCCACGCGAGUCCCCCGAGUUGUCUCUGAUGCCAUGACAGUGACAACUGAUCUCGGCUAUCGCUACCUCUGGGUAGACCAGUUUUGCAUUGAUCAAAAGGCCGACGCGGCUGUUCUCGUCAAUCUCAUUUCUCAGAUGGACCUGAUAUACAUGUCAGCUCAGCUUACCAUUAUAGCGGCGAGCACAAGUGGCGCCUUGCCCGGUGUCGGGGACACUCCGAGGACACAGCAGAAGCUUCUGAGCAUACCACCUCCAGGAGCCCCUGGGUCUUCGGACGACGCCGGCGGCUUCACAAUAUUCACGACGAGCCCGCACGUGUAUGAGAGCGUCAAGAAAUCAGUCUGGUACCAACGCGGAUGGUGCUUCCAGGAGUCUGUCCUCUCUCCGGCCCGUCUGUACUUUACCGACCACGAGACUUUAUUCCAGACUCACAGUUCUGCCUUUAGCGAG